AUGAUUGAUACGAAAUAGCCGAUGACGUAAUGAUUUUUUCCAAUUUUAUCUGUGUCGUCUGUGUGAAACAACUGAACUUCCUUAUUUGACCUCAAUCUAGUUGUCAUUUUUCGUUUACUGUUUGUUGUCUAUUUAUUUAUUACAGUAAAACGUCACAUUUAUCUGUUAGUUGUAAAGAGCCGAUUUUGUUCAUUUACUCUAGUUUUACGAUCUAAAUAGUGGACAUUCAGUUUUAUUAAAGCAAAUAAGGUAAAGAAAAAUUACGAUGAACAAGACUCCUGGGAGUAUGCCAUCGUACCAUGGCCCCCCUCCAGCUGCACCACCUAGUUACUCUCAGGCUAUGGGAGGAGUUCCUCCAUCCAGCCCCUUUACCCCUGGCAUGCCUGUGAAACAGCAUGGACCAGUGAGACAUGUGGGACCUGUGAUUGUGACGACAGUAGUUCCCGUCAGCAGCCAGCCGACUCACAUGAUCUGUCCUCACUGUUACAGUGAGAUCACUACUACUACCAAAACUGAGCCUGGUAUCAUCGCAUACAUCUCGGGCAUCAUAAUCGCUGCCAUUGGAUGUUUCUGCGGUUGUUGUCUGAUCCCAUGCUGCAUCGACUCCUGUAUGGACGUUCACCAUACCUGCCCAAAUUGUAACAACUAUCUCGGUAGAUACCGCCGUUAGUUCUCCAGUCAGCAUGCACGCCAUCCAAUACUUGCCUUUGAAGCUAUUCUUCAUUGUUUGGGUUGAAAUCUAUCACUACUUUUAAUUACAUUUUUAAAACUGUAGAACAUUAUUAAACUUAUGAGUGUCCAGGAUAUUAACAGCCACUUAACAGAAAUUAUCUGAAAAACUUAGAAUAUACUUACUAAAAUUUAAUAUUUCCAGAACGGGUAACCUUAUAAUUAAAAAUGUAUGUUUUUUGUUUUAAAUCAAAGUUUUUAUUUGAUGGACAAAUUAUACAAAAGUGCCUUUUUCUAUCAAAUCACGCAAAGAUUAAUAUGUGCAUUAAAACCUGUGUGUGUUUGAAUUGGAAUAAUUAAAAUCUAUGAUAUGUUUCAUGUUUCCUUUUUAUUUUGAUUUAAUUGCUUAAAAAUGUAUUGUAAAAAUGUUAAAUAAUUAAAUGGAUCCUUCAUAUUUUAAACAAUUAAACUACUACAUAAUGUG